GAUGUCACUCACAUGUCUAUGCACUUGUUUGCUGAUCGCUAACGUUUGUAGCGUCAAUCAAUAUAUGCAAAUGUGUUCUCCAGGUUUUGGUGGCACUCUUCAGUGUCCCCACUGCGACUUCAGCUGUUUGGGACAACAUUGUCUGGACAGACACUUGAAGAGACGACACGGCCAAAGCGUGAACGGCAGAUACAAGUGCAAGUGGUGUUCUUACGUCACCGACCACUCCGGCAGCAUGACGCGGCACCGAAGGACUCACGCGAAAGAACGGCCGUACCGCUGUGAAGUGUGCGGCAAAACGUUUGCUCAACAAGUCGGUCUGACCGCUCACCGUCGUGUGCACACCGGUCAGAGUCCGUGCAAGUGUGAUAUCUGUGGGAAGGCGUUCACACGUUCUGGUGAUCUGGCGAUGCACAGACGUGUCCACGCUGGCGAAAAGGUCCGGCAGUGUGAGCAGUCUGGUGCCGCGUGUUUAGCUACAACUAACGGCAAAGAACACAAGACACACGGUGUCCGUGUGAAGCCGCAUCAGUGUCAUGAAUGUCGAGCCAGAUUUGUUACACGCGCAGAUCUCACUGUACACAUACGAACCCAUACCGGGGAGAAGCCGUACAGCUGCUCCAUUUGCCCGGCACGGUUCGCUGAGCGGUCACAUCUCGUCAGACACGUGCAGACCCUUACAAAGGAGAAGUCGUUUGGCUGCUCCAUUUGCCAGGCAAGAUUCGCUUAUCAGUCAACGCUCACCAUACACAUGCGGACCCACACAGGGGAGAAGCCUUUUGACUGCUCCAUUUGCAAGGCACGGUUCGCUCUUCGUUCAACUCUCAUCAGUCACAUGCGAACCCAUACAGGGGAGAAGCCUUUUGACUGCUCCAUUUGCAAGGCACGGUUCGCUCAGCGGCAUAUCCUCACCGAACACAUGCGGACCCACACAGGGGAGAAGCCUUUUGGCUGCUCCAUUUGUCCGGCACGUUUUGCUCAGCGAUCGGCUCUCAGCAUCCACAUGAGGACCCACACAGGAGAGAAGCCGUACAGCUGCUCCAUUUGCCCGGCACGGUUCGCUGAGCGGUCACAUCUCGUCAGACACAUGCGGACCCACACAGGGGAGAAGCCGUAUGGCUGCCCCGUUUGCCCGGCACGGUUUGCUCUUCGGUCAAGCGUCACCGAGCACAUGCGGACCCACUCAGGAGAGAAACCGUUUGGCUGCUCUAUUUGCCCGGCACGGUUCGCCCAGCGUUCAACCCUCACCAGGCACAUGCGGACCCACACAGGGGAGAAGCCUUUUGGCUGCUCCAUUUGCCAGGCACGAUUUGCUCAUCGGUCAGCCCUCAUCAAUCACAUGCGUAUCCAUACAGGGGAGAAGCCGUAUGGCUGCUCUAUUUGCCCAGCCCGGUUCACUAAUCGGUCAAGCCUCACUGCACACAUGCGUACGCACGCACGCGGGGAGCGCCCGCACAGCAGUCCCUCAUCUACCCGGCGCGUUUUUUCUGUUGGGUCAGAUGUCACCAAACAAAUGACACCACACAGAAUAGCGACCCUACUGCUGCUCCGUCAAACAGACGCGGUUUGCUUUUCGGUAAGGUCUCAAGGGAAACAUACGAACCCACACAUGAGAGCGGCCGUAGGGCUGCUCCAUCUGCACUGUACGAUUUUCGGUUUCAUCACAACUCAAAAGCCAGCUGCUGAUUCACACGGGGAAACGACCUAAUGGUCGUGUAUACUAAAUGAAAAUCAUGCUUAACCCGCGUCCCGCUGGCGGUCCUGUAUUUCCAGGCUCUGAUGGGGGCCCUAUAACUCGGCCUCUGGGCCAUGUAUCGGCACGCCGUAGGCGGUGUUCCAAAGAGCGUCCAAAUAAUGAGAAAAAUACUCUUGUCACUUUUUAUGUCAGAUAAAAGGUAAGGUCGCUAAAGGUCAACAAAGGUGAAAUUUGUCACUUUCUAGGUCAAACUUCGAUAAUUUUCGACAAAUGGGCAGUGUGAGCAGUCUGGAACCGCGUGUUCAGCUACAUCUAACGACAAAGAACACAGGGCACCUCGUAUUCUUGUGAAGCCCCACCACUUUCCUGAGUGUUUGGCAUGUUUU